AUGGCAUCGCAAACGACUGAAGACCAGGCUCUGCACCAGUUACAACAGCAGCAGUCCAAGCUACUGGACAAGAUUGAUGAUCUACGCAACAUUGGCGUUGGCAGCCUCGUAGAGUUGCCGCAACUUAUCGUUUGUGGCAAUCAAUCUAGUGGGAAAAGCUCUGUGCUUGAAGCCAUCUCGCGUGUGCGGUUUCCCGCAAAAAGCAAUGUAUGCACACGGUUCGCUACUGAGGUGAUCUUGCGGCGGAAUCCAGUGUCGAGGAUCAAGAUCUCUAUCGAGCCUGGUCCCUCACGCAUUAACGAAGAAGAGAGGAAGAGACUUCAAAGCUUUAGGCACGAGCAGUUUUCGACCAAGAACGAUCUGCCUGCCCUGAUUGAGAAGGCGAAGGAGUGCAUGGGCGUUUCAGAGUCCGGCGGGCUGGGCUUUAGCGACGAUAUCCUAAAGGUCGAGAUCUCGGGACCAGAUAAACCAGAGCUGACCCUGGUUGACCUACCAGGCCUGUAUUAUUCAACCAGUCGAGAGCAGGGGCUGGCGGGUAUAGGGAUCGUCCGCAGCCUGACAGAGAAAUAUAUGCAGAAUUCCAGGAGCAUCAUUCUUGCCGUCAUCAGUGCAAAGACCGACUAUCAUCUACAGGAGGUGUUGAAUAUCGCCGCGAGAUUCGACCCGGGGGGCAAGCGUACGCUGGGAAUCAUCACUCAACCAGACAUUCUUGAGGCGAAUUCUGAGGAGGAAGACACAUACCUUCAAUUCAUGAAGAACGAGAAGGUCCGCCUACAUCUGGGAUGGCACGCACUGCGCAAUCGGUCCUUCGAAACCCGGGACGUAUCGGACAACGCCCGCGAUGAGCAGGAGAAGGAGUUUUUCAGCCAGGGACGCUGGACGUCUCUGCCGCGCGAGGUUCUUGGAGUAGACACCCUGCGGCGUCGGCUUAGUAGCGUUCUGCUGGAGCACAUUCGUCACAACCUCCCCGGAUUGAUCGGGGAUAUCCAGCAGAAGAUUUCUGACCGAGAACAGAGACUUGCAAAGCUCGGGUCUCCGCGGUCCACCAUUCAACAGCAACGGGGCUUUCUUCUUCAGAUUAGUAGCAGCUUCGAACGGAUCGCCGCGCAAGCGCUGAACGGCAUGUAUGCAGAUCCCUUCUUUGGUGGGUUGGGAGAUGCAAAAGGGACAAGCGAUAUUCGACGCCUCCGAGCAGUACUUCGACAACUAAAUGAACUCUUUGCUGAAGCGAUGUCGAUUCGAGGCUGUCGACGCACAAUCGUCGACGAAUCGACCUCAGGCUCGGCCUCUACGACGGCUUCCAUGCCGGGGUCAGAGAACCCGUACAUAGACGGCUGGGCAGCAGAGUACAUCGACCGCGGCGCACUCGAGGCUGAGGUCAGUAAACAAGCACGUGAAAACCGUGGCAUUGAGCUUCCUGGGAGUGCCAACCAGCUCCUUGUAGGGAGCUUGUUCCGUGAUCAGUCCCAUCCAUGGGAGGAGCUGGCUAAAGCCCAUCUGCUCAGAGCUUGCGACUCCGUGAGAUACUUUGUCUUUCUUGUCCUCCAGUACCUGGCCGAUGAGCAUACAUCCUCCUUGCUCGCCGCAUCCGUCAUUGAGCCGGAAUUGGAGAGGAUGAAACAGGCUCUCUUUGACAAGCUCGACGAGCUUACCGCGCAUAGAAAGCGCGGCCAUCCGUUGCCUGUAGGCACGAGUUUCCUAGCUCAAAUGCAGAAGGCGAGAAGCCAACGUUUACUCAGGUCGCUGAAACUGGAUCUUCUUCGACCCGGCAAACAGUCUGACACAGAGGAUGGAACAAUCGCUUACUCAAUCAAGACCUUGGAGCAGGCUAUCACUGACCUGGAGAUGUCCCGUGAUGGAUUUGCAGCUGCUGAGAUUAUCGACCAGAUGCAGGCAUAUUAUGACACUGCCAUCUUGACAUUUGUCGACAACGUUGCAAUACUCGGCAUAGAAAACUGCCUCCUUUACCCUCUCCAGCGCAUAUUCACUAGUCAGGUCGUCAAUGAUAUGGAAGUUUCCCAAAUCCAGAGUCUUGCCGCAGAACCAUCCUAUGUCACCGAGGAACGCAAGCGUUUGAGCCAAGAGCUGGAGAAGUUGCAAGCUGGUUUGCGCACCCUUAACCUCUUCAAGCCUAUGCCAAUAGACGGCCUAUCCAUAUUCGGUGUGCUCCCUUUCGGUUUUCCGGGGCCUGAUACAACUCCUCAGUGA